AUGCAUCUCCCCAACCUCCUCCUCGCCGCCCUCCCCCUGCUGGCCCAAACCGAAGCAGCCCUUCAGCGCGUCACCAACUUCGGCUCCAACCCAACCGGUCUGACCAUGGACAUAUCCGUUCCUUCCAACUUGGCCGCCUCCCCCGCCAUUAUCCUCGCCCUCCACCCCUGCGGCGGCUCCGGGCAAGGCUACGCCAGCCAGGCCGACUACAUCUCGCUUUCCGACCAGAAGCGCACCUUCCUUGUCAUCUACCCGUCUUCCACCAAGGACUUCAAUUGCUGGGACGUCGCCAGCACCGCUACUCUCAAGCGUGACGGCGGCGGCGACUCCACGGGCCUGGCCAACAUGGUCCGGUACGCAAUUACCCGCUACGGCGCCGACCCGAAGCGCGUCUUCGUGACGGGAAGCUCUUCGGGCUGCAUGAUGACCAAUGUGCUUUCCGCCACGUACCCGGACAUGUUCGCCGCGGCUACGUGUUACUCGGGUGUGGCAGCGGGGUGUCUGGCCGGAUCACCGGGCUCGAGCCCCAUCAGCGCCGAUCCGAAAUGCGCCAACGGACAAGUCGUGAAGACGGGUGCGCAGUGGGCUGCGCAGGUGCGUGCUAUGUAUCCGAACUACGCUGGGAGUUACCCGCGGAUCCAGACGUACCAUGGCACGGCGGACACGUUCGUCAACUAUCCCAACCUGGCCGAGCAGCUCAAGGAGUGGUCGACCAUUCAUGGUGUCAGCUUCACUAGGAACACCACCAACACACCCAUCAACGGCUACACGCAGAUGGUCUACGGCGAUGGUACCAAGCUUGUCGGAGUCUCUGCACAGGGAGUUGGGCAUACUGUACCCGUCCAGAGAGACCAGGAUCUGAAGUGGUUUGGCUUGUAG